AUGAAGUUCUUCAUCCCCUUCGUCCUCCUCGCUGCCACUGCCGUCACGGCCCAGGACCCCAACUGCGAGGCAAACUACAUUGUCGAUACCUGCCUCGGCAGCGAGAUGAAGAAGCUCGAAGCCUGCACCGCCCUCGACUACGAGUGCAUGUGCGCUGCCUCCGAGGCCAUCUCCACGUGCUUCAACAACUGCCCCAAGGACACGCGCGGCGCGACCUACCGCUCCCAGGUGACCGUCAACUGCCAGAACGCCUCUCUCUACGGCACCGCCGCCCGUCACGCUGCCACCGCCACGGACAAGACCACGACGGCCACCCGUACCCCGUCCGCUACCACCGCCGACGCGACCGACAGCCCAGCCACGACCGGCGGCCAGUCCGCCACCGGCACUUUCGUCCAGAACACGGACGAGACCGGCUCGCCCAACGUCGGCGUCGCUCAGCUGGCCCGCCACACUGGCGGUCUGCUGCUCGCCGUCGCCGGCGUCGUCGCUGCCGUGCUGUAA